AUGGCAAAAGUCAUCGGGCUUAAAAAGUCUUUAUGGCAACAAGUAUGCCAGGAGUACGAUGCGGAGCAGCCCAGUCCUCCAGACGCUAAGUGGACGGACAACCAGUCCGUGAGUACCAAUGUCACCCAGUACAGCGUACCGGUUGACGCUAACCCACUUAAGGACUUUGACCCACUGCGAUACCACCCUGCUUUUGCCGGUUAUUCUGUUUUGGAGAAACCCCCGGCUGCUUUAGAUAGUCUUCCUCCAGGCCUUCCUCCCACUCCUCCUCCUCAGUUACAGCAGCGCCCAGUGACACAGUACCUGGAGCAGGCUGUGUUUCCUGUUCUGUUACCUGGACUGGAGGCUCUACUGAGAGAGGCCCAGAGACACCACUGCAUGGAGAGAAAGAGAACCGCUUUCAACGCCUGUGACUUUCUCACUGAAUGGCUGUACAAUAAGAAUCCACGAAGGGAAGGCCAGGCGCCAGUGGACUUCUACAGUAUCCCUUUUGUCCAGGACUGGCUCAGUAUACAUCCCAGGCCACCCAUCCCUCUCUCUCUCUUGCUGUCAGAGGAGCAGGCGGCCGUCCUCAUCCAGUCUUUCUGGCGUGGCUAUAAGGUGCGUGCCCGUCCUGAUGUGCAGGAGUUGAGACAGUGGCAGAAGGAACUUCGGGAGGAGAGCCGUGACAUCACCAGAACUGUCCAAGAGUUCUGGGAACAGCAAGAGAAUCGUGUGGGCUCAGGGAUGGCUGAUUUGGAUGAGUCGGACCAGGCAGGGGGGUCUGGUGUUUGGGUGAGGGUGGUGUCACCCACGCCCCAGAGCACGGUGGUCCACACGCCUACGGCUCUCGCAGCCCUGGAGAGCAGUGAGACUCUAACUCCCAGCAUGCACAGCGUGGAGGCAGUGAGCCCAGGCACAGACAGUCUGUCUCUCCCUGAUCCAAACAUCAUUGCUUUCUCCCCAUCUCUACAGACUGCCCCCAGACUUUCCUCAACUAAUGCACAUGCUUAG